AUCUUAGAUAAGCAAUUCGCCGUCACGAUAAGGCAUUUUUGGUUCAAAGUAAACCCGUUUAUCUCUUCCGCCACAAAACCCCCGCUUUGUAGUUGUGAACUGGAGGUCCGACGAACUGGUCAUGUUUAAAUCGUACAGAGAGCGUUUGCGGCUAAAAUCCGAUCGUGCCGCGGAACAGGACGAAAGUUAUGGCCAAACCAUCUCCGUGCUGUGGUCCUUUGCCAUCACGGCCGCUGUCAUCGGACUUUACUUUCUGGUAUACCUAAACUGGAGUUCGCUUCCAACCGCGUUGACAACAUCGGACCAGGCAGGCAAUCCGGGUCGGUUCAUCGCCCAGGUAGCCAAAGAGAACCUGGUGACGCUCACCAGCAAUGGACCGCGAGUUGGUGGGGGACAAACGAACGAGGUGUUCACGGUGAACUUUCUUCGAUCGACGAUUGAAAGAAUCAUUGCUGAAGCGAAUCCAGCGCACAAAUUCGAGCUUGAGGUUCAGCAACAGCGUGGUAGCAUGUUGUUUGACUACAUAAGCUACCCAAUGACCAGUGCUUACCAGGGUGUCCAGAACGUGCUGGUGAAGAUUACUCCGGCAUCGGGACCGGAACCACAGCACUACCUGAUGCUGAGUUCACACUUUGACAGCGUCGCUCAAAGUCCUGGCGCUGGAGAUGACGGAACGAUGACCGUUGUAAUGUUGGAGAUUUUGAGACAGCUCUCGUUGGAUAGUACCGCGUAUCAGCACGGAGUGGUGUUUGUGUUCAACGGAUUUGAGGAAAAUGGCCUGCAGGGAGCUCACGCGUUUGUGCAGCAUCCGUGGUGGGACAGAGUCAGGACGUUCAUCAACAUGGACGUGGCGGCGAAUGGAGGUCGCGAAAUCAUGUUCCAGGCCGGUCCGUAUUAUUCGUUUUUGAUGGAGUACUACCGGGACUACGUCAAGCAUCCGUUCUGUACGGCACUAGCUGAGGAACUCUUCCAGGCGGACCUCGUUCCGUCGGAAACGGAUUACUUCGUGUACACUAAGGUCGGAGGGCGACCUGGGAUGGACUUUGCGCACAGUACGUGGGGAUAUCUGUACCAUACACAGUACGAUGCCAUUGAUACGAUCCCGAUGGAAACCUUGCAGCACACCGGGGAUAACAUUCUUGGUCUGACGCGUGCUCUUGCCAACGCUCCAGAACUUGAAAAUAUGAAGGAGCACUCCUAUGGUAAAGCGGUAUUUUUCGAUUUCCUCAACUGGUUCCUGGUCUACUACCCGGACUGGGCUGGUAUCGCGAUCAAUACGAUAAUGGCUAUGCUUGGGAUUGGAUUGAUCUUUGGAUCGUUCGAUAUCAUGGCCAGCAAUAACGACGUGACGUACGGCCGCAUCGUCGCACAGUUCUUUAUAAAUUUCGGUGUCCAGCUGCUUUCGAUCGCCGUCGGUAUCGGCUUCUCGAUACUGAUGGCCGUGAUCAUGAACGCAGCCGGUGGAGCCAUGUCCUGGUUCACGGAAGUGUGGCUAAUCUCCGGGUUGUACAUGUGCCCGUUCAUCAUAUGUAUCGUGCUGGGACCGGUUCUGCUGAUCAUGUUCUACAAAGUUGAAGACGUCCUCCUCCAGACGAGGAUCAUGCUGUUCCUGAUGGCCCAGCAGAUGGUCUUCAUCGUAAUUAUGAUUGUCAUGACUGGAAUGGAAAUCCGAUCUGCCUACAUCUUUGCCAUCGUAGUCAUCUUCUUCAAUGCAAGCACUAUUGUCAACAUGAUCAUCCGAUUCAAACAGUUCCACUGGAUCUACGUGCACCUAAUCGGACAGAUCAUCCCGAUCGCUUACUUCAGCAGCUUCUCCCUAACCGUGUUCAGUACGUUCAUUCCGAUGCAGAACCGGGGCAACGCCGAGUCAAAUCCGGACAUGCUGAUCGCACUGUUUGCCGUUGUUAUCGGACUCAUGAUCACGACGUUCCUGACUCCACUCGUUGCCAUGAUGCGUAAACCGUUCGUGUACUUUGGCUUUGUGGUAGCAUUCUGGGCCAUUUCGAUCAUUGUAUCGGCGACCUCCGUCGGCUUUCCGUACCGCGCGGAGACGUCACCUCAACGAUACUAUGUGUUUCACCUUGAUCGCAACUUUUACGAGUUCGACGGCCGGCUGCGCAAGUCCGACAGCCACUUCUACAUCCACCCGCAGGACGUGUUCUCGCCGGCCACGAUCAUGGACACGGUUCCGGAGAUGGCACGCGCCACCCAGCUGGGAGACGAGUGUGACCGGGAGCUGUACUGCGGGAUCCCGUUCUACCAGAGUGGGUUCCACGCGCGAAGAAACGUAGCUUGGUGGCUGCCAGCCGAAAAGCCGGACCUCAAGCCGAAGGUCACGCUGGAAUUUGUCGGCAAGACAGCAAUUGACGCGGACCUAACACGAUACGAGUUUGUCACGCAAGGACCUUCGCACAUGAGCUUCUACGUGUCACCGUUGGAGGGAUUCUACCUGCACGAGUGGAGCUUCUCUAGCGAAGUUCCUCGCAGCGGAGUUCGCUGGCGGGGGCAAGAUGUACACUUUGUAAACUUUGUGCACGGGAUCGACUACUCGCCGCUUCACUUCUGGGUCGUGAUCCUACAUCCGGGAGGUAAACCGCUGACGGAACCUAGCCUGAUCCUGAACGUCGUGGGUCAGUACAUGAACAACGAGGAGCCCAGGACGGCCGAGUUCCAGCAGUUUGUAGACCAUUUCCCCGAUUAUGCCCACGUCGUCGCGUACCCAAGCUAUCUCGAAAGCAGGGUGUUCUAAGAUAAGAUUCGAUAUCAGCUUAAUAAAGUCGGCUAAAUCCGCGAUUGCCUC